UAAUGCGGAUUGUCCCCCCAGCUGGCAAUAAAGUUAUGUACGACCUCUCAGCCAAGUUUGGCUGCCACCCUGGUGACGUCAGCGACCUACUGCGGACAGCUAAAAACCUUGAUCUUGACGUUGUAGGAGUAAGUUUCCACGUGGGCAGCGGAAUAAAGGACCCGGAAGUGUUCGCCACGUCACUACAGAGAGCCAGCAGUGUGUUUGGGAUUGCAGCGAAGAUGGGAUUCACUCUACAUACUCUUGACGUUGGCGGAGGUAUCUACGGACACAGAGGAGCACCAGUAUCUUUUGAAAAGGUUGCCACCGCCUUGAAUAGAUCUCUAGACGAGUUCUUUCCCGUGAGCUCCAAUGUCAAGGUCAUGGCAGAACCGGGGCGGUUCUUUGCAGCAUCGCCUUUCACCUUAGUGACAAGUGUGAUUGCAAAGAGGAAGUGCACGGCCGUCGUUGGGGAAAGAGAUCUAAAUGAGCUGAAGACUUUGGACCCGGAGAAGCCCCGUGACGUCACCCCAAGAUAUAUGUAUUAUAUAAAUGACGGUGUAUAUGGAUCGUUAAGCUUCGUUCUCUCAGAAGACACUUGCAUGAUACCUACAUUAGUCAAGGUACCCGCUAGUGACGUGACCUUCACCUCCAGCCUGUGGGGUCCGACAUGUGACGGCAGUGACUGUGUCCUGAAGGAAGGGCCUCUCCCCGAGCUCCAGAUCGGGGACUGGUUCUACUUUGAGAACAUGGGCGCCUACUCUCUCAGUCUCCACUCACGAUUCAAUGGAAUGGCUGUACCUGAGGGUCAUUAUAUGUGCGAGGAAGAGAUCUGGGAAACGGUUUUGAAGGGAGCAAGACAGAUUGAUGGAUAUAAAUAAGAUCAUCUAGUUUCUCCUGAUUUCCAGUUGACCAAGCAUGGUGUUUGUAUCGGUUUGUCCUAUUUAGAGAAACACAUGUCACGUAGAGAUAUAAAUCAGUGUCCAUCUACCGCUCAACCAUACUUGAGGUUCAACACAAUAUACUUUAUAUAUGUCUCAGAUACAUGACCAAUUCAUUUUUAUGCAGCCCUAUCAGACAGUUUAUAAACUGGAAAGUAGAAAUUGGAUAACUAUCACGACAAGUGGAUGGCUUUGGAUGAAUGAUACCAUUAAUGUAUUUUAUCACGUGGAAGCUCAUA